UUCGCAAUUGGCUCGAUUUAGCGCCCACCUUCCUCUCCUCCCUCCUUUUUCCUCCUUUUUUCUCACUAUGGUCGCUCCCCUCUAUACAACCGACUCUGGACUUCUUUUUCACGCCGGAAAGAUUCUCGUCCUUACCAUUGGCCUCCCCGCUCGUGGAAAGACUCACGUUUCUAGAUCUUUAGAACGUUAUUUGCGAUGGAUGGGCGUGAAGACGCAAGUAGUCAGUCUAGGUGAUUAUCGUCGAAAGACUCUCGGUGGAGCACAGAAGCUACCGGCGGAUUACUUCCAUUUAGGCGAGAAGAGCCCAGAAACAAUUGCCCUGCGAAAGAAAGUCUCCGAUGGAUGUGAACAACAGAUCUGGGAUUUCUUCAAAACUGGACAAGUUGUAAUAUACGAUGCAAAUAACGGUACUAGGGCGGCGAGGCAGAAGUUGGCAGAGAGAUUUCACAAUAAGGGCAUUCAUGUCAUUCUGUUAGAAUCCGUGUGCGAUAAUAAAGAAAUUAUCGAGGCUAACAUCCGGAGCGUCAAGAUAUCUUCUCCUGACUACCGCGGUUGGGACCCCGACAAAGCUGUCGAAGACUACUACACAAGAAUCAGAGACCAUGAGGAAUACUACGAUCCAGUUGAGGAGAAGGAUUGGCCUUACAUCAGGAUUAUCAAUGUUGGAGAGAAAAUCAUGGUUAACAACAUUAAAGGAUAUCUACAAUCCCGAAUUGUCUUUUUCCUAAUGAACAUCCACAACCGGCCUAGAACAAUAUACUUUGCUCGAUCUGGUCAAUCCCUCAUCGAACACUCCUACAAAGCCGACUCGGAUUUAUCUCCCGCAGGGUGGGAAUACGCCGAAAGGCUCAAAGAUUUUGUGAUCGAGCGACGAGCGAAGAAUCUCGCACAGAGAGGGUUGGGGACGGGUGAUCAGCGAUUGGUAAUAUGGACAUCAACUCGCAGACGAGCCCACCAUACUGCUUGGCCUUUCCUUCAAGCUGCUGCGUCUGUUUCUUCCUCGAACCUCGCUACACCCAGUGCAACUCCCGGACACGCCACACCCAUCUCCGUCAUACCACAUCAUGGACUUGACGGGGGUAAACUACUUCCUCCUACUCUUGCUUCGGGUCUCAGUAUUCCUGCUCCUCUUAUUCAUACCUCAACUUCUACACCAACCCCGAAUAAUCUGAACAUCAAAGUAAUUGAAAAACCCCAAAUGUCUGAAAUAAACCCUGGGAUCUGGGACGGGCUCACACCUGAUCAAGCUAGGAAGUAUUACCCUCAAGAUUGGGAAAGGUUCGUCAAAGACCCGUAUUCGUUUAGAGCCCCGAGGGCGGAGAGUUAUCAUGAUUUGAGCGUCCGCAUCGAACCUCUCCUCAUCGAACUCGAACGUGAAAAAGAAGAUCUACUCAUCAUCGGCCAUGCUUCCGUCAUUCGAUGUCUCCUAGCGUAUCUUAUUGGGCUCCCAGCAUCAGAAAUACCCGCUAUCGAAAUCGCCCGUGGUGACCUCCUCGAAGUUGUCCCAGCCUCCUACGGUGUACAUUGUAAAGCUUUCCAUUUUUGGGACGGUCCAGGGAGAAGAGGAGAUGAAAGCUUGGGUGGUAGUGGGGGUAGCGGCGUUACGGGGGAGGGGGUCAUAGGAGAAGGGGGAGGCAUUGCGGAAGGCGUGAAUGGAGUAGGGAUGGGGAUAGGAGAACAGAAAGAUCCGAAUAAUUUUUAUGAGAAUUAUGCAGAGGAUACGAAAGGAAAGAGGACGAAUGCGGUAACACGGGAGCCGGAGGCUAGUAUCAGUGCUUUGGGAGUGGUUUAAUUUUUUUCAAGUCUUCUAAUUGAAUGUUCUCAUUAUAAUCACCUUGCUUGCAAGGUCUAUUGCACUCCGGAAUUUAAGUACUUUUGUGCAGGCACAUUUUGGCUGUGCUUGGCCUCAUACUUUUGCAAAACAUUUACAAACAUCUUGGGCUUCAAUUGAAGUGAACUCUGCGCUUUGCGGCGCACCUUGUGUGCUACACCGCGUUAUUUCC